AUGCCUCCACUGAGAGUGUAUCGAUCAAUCAAGGAUCAGUUCUACGUCGCCGCGGUCAACCGUCCAGUUCCCAUCCCAGAAGAGCGCGUGACCCGGAUCUAUGAAGAAGUUCACGCGGAGGUUUGGCAAGAGUAUCCAGACGAAGAUUCUGAGCUUCAAUGCUAUUUGAGUGAGUACUACGCUUGGGUCGGGCUUUUCCAGAGAUACUCCGAAUACCCGGGUGGUAAUUCUUUUCACUCACUUUGGGGGGGGGGCGAGAGAGUCAAUCGCCACGUCGACGAGUUAACGUUUGACAAGGAACGAGAGGAUAGCGUCAAGGAGAUCUGCGACCUGCAGUUUAAGAAUGAGGAGAUGGGAGAAACUGUGGAAGAACUUGAGAGCGAGGUCGCGCAUUUGAAGGACGAAAUCGAGAUUCUCACAACCCAACUCGUCGAGAAGAAGCUGGAGGACCGAUUGAGCAACGAUCUCGAGAUGAAUAUUCUCGCCCUCAAGCAGGAGCUCAGAGAUGCUAUAACCCGCAAGUUCGAUUACAUUCUAGCCACUCGCACUAUGAGCAGUACCAUCAACGAUCUGAACAAAAGUCUUGAGAAAUUCAAUUCUGCGAACCAACACCUUAAAGCGAAAACUUGA